UACUUUCCCGAAGUGUUCCUGCACGCCCAGGACCGAAAUGAAAUCGCACAUUCUCGCCAUAUUUGUGGGAUUUCUCUGCACGGAAAAGUUAACGUGCGAGCUUCAGGCAGCGGCAUAUAGCGGCCAGCCCUCGCCACUGCUGAGCUACUCGCAACAAAGCCCCGUGAUGCGCGAGCUGGCCAAGGCGCACGCCGAACAGCAGGCCCGCGUCGAGGAGUCCAUCGCCGAGCUGGUGCGAGAGCUGAAGGCGCUGCCGCCCGACGACGCCCGCAGGGAGCCGCUGGCCGUCCAGCUGCGACAGCUGCAGCAAGCACUGCGGGACAUGCGCGACAAGUUCCGCGACCAAAUGUUUUGCGUGCUCAAGCACGACGCCGCCAACAAUGGCACCCUCGCUGAUGACAAGGCCGCUCAAGAGGCUGUCUUGCUGCAGUGCACUGGAGCGAUUUCACCGACUGCGGCGGUGGACACUCUUCAAACGCAAGUCAACGAGACUGCCAAACGAUGACCGUGUAUAUGUGCGAUAAAAAAAUGUGCCCCAAUGUUCAUUUUAGACUGUAGCUAAGCGCAUAUACACGGUUUAUGUGACAGUCGGCGAGCGUAGAACUGACAUGGUUUUCCUUCGAAAGGGACUACCGCGUUUUGUGCCUUCUGAAGUGGAACCGUCACAGACCGGGCAUGAGAACGUUGAAUGGAUCAAGAAUGAGAUUAUCGGGCUUAAACUCAAUAAAAAUGGCCCUAAUUUGAUCAAAACAGUGUUUUGUGAAACUA